UGAUCUUUGUUUUGCGACUACGUAGCCAGAACCGCAAUUCGCACUCGUUGCUUCUGCUGGCUAUGUGGACAAUGUUACAAUGCUCAUAAUUUGAUUAGGGGUACAUGGAUUGAGCGCAACAAACUUUCGCAAAAAUAUGAAAAAAGUCGCCAAAAACCUGUACAUCAUCGUCACCCUCUGUACUCUACUCAGCCUGGCCACGCAGGGUGCUGCGCAAAAACACUACUCAGCCACGCGAAAACUGGAGCUGCGGGAGGAUGUACGCCGCAUGUUUCAGCAUGCGUACGAUGGCUAUCUGAGGUAUGCCGGCAACUAUGAUGAGCUGCGUCCGUUGACCUGUGAUGGCCAAGAUACGUGGGGAAGCUAUUCGCUGACGCUGAUCGAUGCCCUGGACACAUUGGCCACCAUGGGCAACUUCAGCGAGUUCCGGCGUGUGCACACACUGCUCGUCGAGAAGAUGAACUUCAACAGGGACAUCAAUGUGUCCGUCUUUGAGACGAACAUACGGAUUGUUGGCGGCCUCCUUUCGGCACAUCUGCUGUCGCGUCGCGCCGGCAUCGAUGUGGAGCCCGGCUGGCCAUGCACCGGGCCGCUGUUGCGCAUGGCCGAGGAUGUUGCCCGUCGACUGUUGCCGGCCUUUGACACGAGCACUGGGAUGCCGUAUGGCACCGUCAAUCUGCGCUACGGUGUGCCCAGCGGAGAGACGCCCAUAACGUGCACAGCCGGUGUCGGCACCUUUCUCGUUGAGUUCGGCACACUGAGCCGCCUCACUGGCAACAGCAUCUACGAAGAGGUGGCUCUGCAAGCGAUCUACGCACUCUGGGAGCGUCGUUCGCCGAUCGGCCUCUUUGGCAAUCACAUCGACGUGCAGAGUGGGCGAUGGACCGCAAUCGAUUCGGGCAUCGGUGCCGGCGUUGAUUCCCUCUUCGAGUAUCUGGUGAAGGGGGCGAUCCUUUUGAAUCGGCCCGAGCUGAUGGAACUGUUUGCGGAGGCGCGUGCACCGAUCGAUAAAUAUAUGCGCAAGGAGGACUGGUAUGUGUGGGUGGGCAUGAACAAGGGACAUGUGACGCUGCCCGUCUUCCAAUCCCUCGAAUCCUUCUGGCCGGGCAUACUCAGCAUUGUUGGCGACACCGAGCCAGCCUUGCGCACCAUGAUGCGCUACAUUAGUGUGUGGAAAAAGUACGGAUUCCUGCCCGAGUUCUUCAACAUUCCUGCCGGCGAGGCGUCGCCCAAUCGCGAGGUUUAUCCACUCCGGCCCGAGCUCAUCGAAUCGGCCAUGUAUCUCUAUCGAUCAACCAAAAAUCAAUAUCUUCUCGAGCUCGGCGAGCACAUGCUGGAAACAAUUGAGUUCAGUGCCAAAACCAGGUGCGGCUAUGCGACGAUACGCAAUGUGGUCACCCACGAGAAGGAGAACCGCAUGGAAUCGUUCUUCCUGGCCGAGACGACCAAGUAUCUGUAUCUGCUCUUCGACGAGAACAAUUUUCUGCACAACGAUGGCGACGAUCGCCAUGGCGAACUGCUGGACACCGAGGAGAAUGUGUGCGUGGUGCAGGCGGGCGCCUAUAUUUUCAAUACCGAGGCACAUCCCAUGGACAUGUCGGCGGUGCACUGUUGCCACAAUUACAAGGAGGACAUCUUUGCGCAGCUGGAUGUGUCCAGUUUUACGGGCAAGGCGCUUUUCGAGCACAGUCGCAAACAGCGUGUCGCUGCCCAGGAGAACUGGAAGCCCGACUGUCAUCCAAGCAAAGAUACCGCCAGCUUCGCAGCCUCCUUUGAGCAGUCAACGUCGAAUACCAAUGAACCGGAACGGGAUCGCGAUAAGGGGAGAAGCGCUCAGGCAACGCCAAGCUUCACAACGGCCGUCGAUAUUGAGGUGUUCGAUGAGUACCAGCAGCCGGCGGCGGAUAUGCUCGUUAAAUAUUUUGAGCGGAUACGCGAGGAGCGCGAACUGAAUCGGACCCAGCAGAAUCUGGCUGUUGCCCGCAAUCAGCUGACCGUCAGCGAUCUGGAUGAGUUCUUUGGGCAGCGACGCGAGAGCUUUGCCAGUGUCGAGGAUACGCUGCAGUUUGUGCUCAACUUCAUGUCCAAUUUCACCAUGGACGUCGCCUUCAUACGCGGCCUGCAGCUGUACGAUGGCAACAUUAGCACAGUGCUGGGCGUGGCUGCCCAAAAGGACUACGAGUCCAAGAUGCGCUCCCUCUGGCAGCUCUACGUGCUGGAACAGCAGCUUACGAUCAAUGUGCAGCUGAUCCGACGCCUGGGCUUGGAUAUUGUGCCACCACCAAUCGAUGGCGACAUGUUGCGCAACUUUUUGGCCAUCAUACUCGAGAAUCUCAAUCAAUCGUUGGACGAGCUGCAGACACUGCCAGCAAAUAGCACACUCAAUCAGACCCUUAACUCCUCCGAUGUCCAACUGAUACGGAAUGCGAUUGAUGUGGCCCGCAUAGACUAUGUGCUGGCCAUGAGGAAUACGACGGCGAUGCAGGAGUUUGUGCAUCGCAUUUACCUGCACGGCACCAAUGAGGAGCAGGCGACACAGCAAUUUCUGCCGCUUCUCAGUGUCGCUGAGUUGGGUAAACUGCUCACUACCCCAUUGAAGCCGGCGGAGGAGCAGGAACUGUUCAAAUAUACGCGACGCAUUGUCGACUUUCGCAAGCGCAUGUCGGAGACGGUUGAUCGCCUGCAGACAAUCAUGCAGGAUCUUGGCACCACAAACACGGAUUCAACAUCACCACCAACAACAUCGGGCAAUCCCAGUCCUGUGCCGGUUGCAAUGCCACCGGUAGCAAUUAGCGAAACAGCCACAGCGAAACAUCAUCGACAUCGUCAACGUCAACAGCCUCAUCAGCCGCAGCAGCCGCCGCAGGCGCAGUUGCAGGAUCAGGAUAAUCAGCAAGCCAAGGCCCCGGAUGUGGGCUCCGUCUGGUCGCAAUUUGUGCAAAAUAUAUUGCGCAAAACGACCGUGCAACGGGUGAAAUUUGAUGAGUCUGUGCUGCUCGAGAAGACGCGCAAAGCUCUCGAGAAGCACGCCCACAAGCAAUUGUCCUACGAGCUGUUCAGCUGCCGUCGCCCCCAAUAUAUCGAAUCGUUCGCCUAUCGCGACUAUUAUCCGGAGGCAAUGUAAUUCAGCAUCUGCCACAUCUGACUGAAUCUGUAGAUAUUAGAUAUAUAUAUAUGACCCUAUAUAUGUGUCGAUGCAUAAGCUAAGCUGAAUAAUACUAAUCCAAUUGUUUUCUGUCUGCGAAUGCCAAACAAAGUCCAUUUCUCCUCAUGGCACUAUGUAAUUUAUAUUCAUUAUAUUAAUACUAAUGUACUUGGUACCUCAACUCGAGAACUGUUCCAGUUCCUGUUCAUUUUUCCCAUUUCGCAUUUCGUUUGGUUUGCAAUUAAUUUUAUUGACUGUUUGCUGAUUAAAUUGGCGUAUUUAGUGCUUUCAAUAUUGACAACGAUGUCGACGAUGACGAUUGCACAACUCCAAUCCAAUCAAAUCGAAAAAUGGCCUGCGACUAAAUUCCAAUUUAUGCUGCUGCUCCGGCGCCUGCUCCUGCUCCUGCUCCUGUUCUUUCUCCUUCUGCGGCGGCACGCAAUGGCAUUUAUUAUACCCUGUACUCAGUACAAAAUGGCUAAUCUAGUCUAGUCUAGUUUAUAACCGAAAUAAAUAACAAUUACUCCAUUUAUAGCCUUUCAAGUUAGGCAUACUGA